AUGCUGACAUCCAUCCAGGUUCCCAAAACAGACAUCCAUCCAGGUUCCCCCAAUGCUGACAUCCGUCCAUGUUCCCCCGAUGCUGACAUCCAUACAGGUUCCAAAACUACUGACAUCCAUCCAAGUUCCCCUAAUGCUGACAUCGAUCCAGGUUCCCCCAAUGCUGACAUCCAUACAGGUUCCAAAACUACUGACAUCCAUCCAAGUUCCCCUAAUGCUGACAUCCAUACAGGUUUCAAACAUACUGACAUCCAUCCAGGUUCCAAAACUACUGACAUCCAUCCAGGUUCCCCCAAUGCUGACAUCCAUCCAGAUUCCCCAAACACUGACAUCCAACCUGGUUCCAAAACUACUGACAUCCAUCCAGAUUCCCCAAAUACUGACAUCCAUCCAGGUUCCAAAACUACUGACAUCCAUACAGGUUCCAAAACUACUGACAUCCAUCCAAGUUCCCCUAAUGCUGACAUCAAUCCAGGUUCCCCCAAUGCUGACAUCCAUACAGGUUCCAAAACUACUGACAUCCAUCCAAGUUCCCCUAAUGCUGACAUCCAUACAGGUUUCAAACAUACUGACAUCCAUCCAGGUUCCAAAACUACUGACAUCCAUCCAGGUUCCCCCAAUGCUGACAUCCAUCCAGAUUCCCCAAACACUGACAUCCAACCUGGUUCCAAAACUACUGACAUCCAUCCAGAUUCCCCAAAUACUGACAUCCAUCCAGGUUCCAAAACUACUGAGAUCCAUACAGGUUCCAAAACUACUGACAUCCAUCCAAGUUCCCCUAAUGCUGACAUCAAUCCAGGUUCCCCCAAUGCUGACAUCCAUACAGGUUCCAAAACUACUGACAUCCAUCCAAGUUCCCCUAAUGCUGACAUCCAUACAGGUUUCAAACAUACUGACAUCCAUCCAGGUUCCAAAACUACUGACAUCCAUCCAGGUUCCAAAACUACUGACAUCCAUCCAUGUUCCCCCAAUGCUGACAUCAAUCCAUUUUCCCCCAAUGGUGACAUCCACACAGGUUCCAAAACUACUGACAUCCAUCCAAGUUCCCCUAAUGCUGACAUCCAUACAGGUUUCAAACAUACUGACAUCCAUCCAGGUUCCAAAACUACUGUCAUCCAUCCAGGUUCCCCCAAUGCUGACAUCAAUACAGGUUCCCCAAACACUGACAUCCAUCCAGGUUCCCCAAAUACUGACAUCAAUCCAGGUUCCAAAACUACUGACAUCCAUCCAGGUUCCAAAACUACUGACAUCCAUCAAAGUUCCCCUAAUGCUGACAUCAAUACAGGUUCCCCAAACACUGACAUCCAUCCAGGUUCCCCAAAUACUGACAUCAAUCCAGGUUCCAAAACUACUGACAUCCAUCCAGGUUCCAAAACUACUGACAUCCAUCCAGGUUCCCCAAAUACUGACAUCCAUCCAUGUUCCCAAAAUACUGACAUCAAUCCAGGUUCCAAAACUACUGACAUCCAUCCAGGUUCCAAAACUACUGACAUCCACCCUGGUUCCCCAAAUACUGACAUCCAUCCAGGUUCCCCGAAUAAUGACAUUCAUCCAAGUUCCCCAAAUACUGACAUCCAUCCAGGUUAA